UUGUUAAAUUGAUUGGAUUGGGAAAGCAGGGGAAUCUUCCUCUUUGUUGUCAUCGCCCACCCCUUUUCUGCUGUAUCUCCCCUUUUUUCCUUCGUCGUGCUUGAAUCUUUGACAGUUUCGUUUUGCGGGUUUGGCAAGCCCGGUUGCUUUCCACACUAGAACUAUCCUUUCCUACGGUACUUCGUACCUACCUGACCACCUCACAGAGUACACACUACUACUCUAUCUAUUUUAGCCCAUCUUGAACUGUACCACGCUAUCAUCCACGUUGUGCUUCUGCUAGUGCACAAGGAAAGCAGCAGCAGGGCCAGAUCCAGAUUGAAAUCGGAAAACCCCUGCAGCCAAAUUUUGCAUGUGCUUGCGACACAGCGGGGUCCCCUACCAGCCUUGACGUGGGCUCCCUCACCGACUCUGGACAGUGCAAAAAAAGAGAGGCCGCCCCAAACUUUGACUGCGUCGCCAUUUUUUCUUUUAAAGUAUCCAGACGAGCCGGAAUCGUCCUUGGAACUCAAGAGGUCCUAAAUCACUGCAACCCAGUUCAAUAUGCCGGUUACGGAGACUGUUACAAUCAUCAACAAUUCGGGGAAGAUCAUCAGCACGGGUAAGCAACUGUUUGGGCUUUUCAAGGACGCCAAGGUUGCCUAUCAGGAGAAAAAGGCUGCACUUAAGCCACAGGCGCCCGUGCCGGGGAUCAAACGGGCGCAAACCAUCGAUGUCGUCUCACGAGGACCGCCGGCUGGCGUAGCCGGCAACCCGGCUAUGGCAGUUGGGCCAGGGCCGGGCUACUAUCACGGACAUCCUCAGUAUGACGACCACGUCUACGAGGCACAAACUAUCUAUGAGUAUCCGCAACACCAUGCGCCGCCGCCUCCACAUCAGCGCCGCCAUAUUGAGGCGGUGGAAGGCACAGAGGGCCGACGGAGAUCACUAGACGACACGGCAAGCCGUACCUCGUCACAUCGGUCACACCGGACACAUCGGAGCAGUCGUACCAGCAGGCACGAGGGCACUAGGUCGGCCCGCCCACCGCUGACGGCCUCCAAUCUACGCACUCUUUCAGAGGUGUCGUCGACGGCACCCACCGUCACACCCAAGGCCUACCGCCAACCUUAUGCUGAGACGGCCAUGGUCUCGCGGCCGAACCUGGCUCAUGCGAACACGAUGCCGGUCGGCGAAGCGGCCGAGUACUAUGCCAUGGCCGCACAGCCACCAUCCGCGCCCCCGUCGCUGCCGCGGCCCGCCUCGGAAACGGACCUCAAGGUGAAGAAGAAGAAGUCGAUCGAUAUGAACCUCGCCUACGGCAACAUCCCGCCGGAUCUGGAGUCGAGGACGGACCUGGACAAGCACAUGUCCAAGGACAAGGAAGCCGAGGCCAAGUCGCUCAUGCAGCGGAUCGAGGCCAUGUUGGUGGAGGCACAGUGCCUGCAGUCCUCGGCGACGACCAUCAUCGCCAAACUGCAGAGCAAUCCCGAGGCGGCUGCGGCAGUCGCCCUGACGCUGGCCGAGUUGAGUGCUCUGCUCUCCAAGAUGAGCCCGGCGUUCCUCGGUGUGGUGCAGGGUGGCGCGCCCGCGAUCUGGGCGCUCCUGGCCAGCCCGCAAUUCUUGAUUGCUGCGGGUGCAGCUGUCGGAGUCACGAUCGUCAUGUUUGGCGGGUGGAAGAUCAUCAAACGCAUGCAGCAGCCCGCGGCGCCGGCGCUGGAGGCCCCGAUCGAGAUGCAGGGCGUUCCCGGCCCGGAGAUGCAGGCUCACCCCCAGCAACAUGCCCCCUACCCUGGGCACCCGUACAACCCGGCCGACCCGCAAAUGAUGAGCGGCGCCGGCGGUGGCCCUGGAUACUACUACGGCAGCGGCGGUAUGUAUGCGCAGCGUGGCCCCGAGGGCGGCACGGUGACGGGGAGCAUGGACGAGGCCCUCGUGCUGGAGGAGGAGCUCAGUACCAUCGAGACGUGGCGACGAGGCAUCUCGGCGUACGGUGACGACGAGAGCGUCGACUUGGAGCUCAUCAGCCCCGAGGCGAUGCGGUCCACCCUAAAGGUAGACGACGACGCCAUGUCCCGGCGGACGGUCAGGACCCACAAGAGCCACAAGAGCCGCAAGCACCGCGACGAGGACGUGCCGGAGAGGAAGAGCAGUCGAAGCAAGGACAAGGACAAGGACGACGACGCGUCGGAGUCGGGUCGGAGCAGGAGGCACCACAAACACCGGGACGGCGACGAGGCCAGCGAGGCAGGGAGCCACCGCAGCCACAGGCAUCACCACCGAGACAAGGACCGGGAUGACCAGAGCGAUGCGGGCAGUCACCGGAGCAGCGGCAGCCACAGGUCGUCGCGAUCCAAGAGGCAUGAGGCCAAGUCCGAGGUUAAAGCCAUCGAGUACAACAAGGACGAGGACAACACGCUCGAUGCGGUCCUCAGGCCGAAGAAGAACAGCAUGCUGAAGUCAUUGUUCAAGAAGAAGAAGGACAAGGAGGAGGAGAGGGAACGGGUUGCCGUUCAGGCUUAGCUUGAUACAAAGUAUCAUGCGGUUUGUGUUUGUAUGGCCCUAUCGGUUCGUCUGUGGGGUUUGGAUGCGUCACGUCACGUCACGUUAAUGUAUUUGGAUAGCACGAAGUAUGUCUUUAACGGUUUAGUUAGUAUUUUUAGCGUUCACGUAAGGUACAAGGGAUAUAUGUUUACUUUAGAUUUAUUACCACGUUCGUCGUUUCAGACAUUGAUGCA